AUGGACCGGUCCGUUGUCAUUGCUGUUGUUGUCACUACUGACUACUACUACUACUACUACUACUACUACUACUACUACUACUACUACUACUACUACUACUACUACUACUACUACUACUACUACUACUACUACUACUACUACACGACAGUGAGUGACCGAUCUCGUGAAAUGUUGGCUGAAAUUCUGAUAUGCGUUGUCGAUUAGGAAGGAUUACGUAGACGCGGUUGGAAUACUGGUUAUCUUGCGGCAUAACCCAAUAAUAUUUCGGACUCGGCCGGAUGUCGGCAUUUAAAUGCACUGCUUUUCAAUCUCCCGUAAAAACCGUACAAGGUAAAAAAUGACUACUUAUAUAGCAUGCAUUUUUCACGUUGAUUUUCGACGGUCUUGCAAAUUCAAAUAUAUCUUCUAGAAGCCAUAAACAAAAUAUGCUUUCUUUCAGCCACUUAAUACGGAAUCACGUCUUCUUUAUAUCUCAUACUUGAAGAAGGAGUAUUAUUACGUUUUAAAAAGUUUUCUAAUUCCCGAAUAAUUCGGAGCCUGAUCAGUCGUUACAUUAGCGCUUAGUGGUUUCAGUAUACAAGGUGCAUGCGUUCCGUGUAAGGAAAAUUACAUAUUGUCUAACUCUUUAAAAAGAUACCAUACAGAGUCCAUAAAGUUUUGCAAUGGAUGCGGACUAUGUUAUACAUUUCACGAGGAGUUGUGGUAAACGGCCAGUUACGAUGCUGUUUGAAUGUACAUUGAGCGGUCUUAAAAAAUCUCAUAAGUAUAAACUUUUUAAAACCUAAUUAUUCUUCUUCUUCGAGUAUUAAAUAUAAAGAAGACGUGAUUCUCUAUCAAACGACUGAAAGAAAGCAUAUUUUGUUUAUGGUUUCUAUGAGAUAUAUUUGAAUUUGCAAGACCAUCGAAAAUCAACGGGAAAAAUGCAUGCUAUAUAAGUAGUCAUUUUUUACCCUGUACGGUUUUUACGGGAGAAUGAAAAGCAGUGUAUUCAAAUGCUGACAUCCGGCCGAGUCCGAAAUACUAUUGGGUUAUGCCGCAAGAUAAUCAGUAUUACAAUCGCACCUAAGUAAUCCUUCCUAAUCGAAAACGCAAUCCCUACUACUACUACUACUACUACUACUACUACUACUACUACUACUACUAUUACUACUACUGAACUUGCUGUCAUCACCGCUUAUAAUUAAAGUGCAGCGAUUCUUAGCAAAAUCGUACUGAGCAAGUUCCCCUAGACAGUAACAUAAGAAUGCACUUAAACAGAAUUUCAUGGAGCACGUUUGGAGAUAUAAAACUUUAGGACAACGUCGGAUUAGUCACCUUAAGCAGAGACCGAAAUCUUUCUUAUAUUUGAACAGUAGCUUUCAAGGAGAUGCAAUUGUCUAUGAACAGACUCUGAAAAGAACUAAUUAGCAGUCCUUCUUAAUUGCUUAUUGGUCUAUAGCCUGUUUAAACGGCAAAGUUUCUGUAAACGUCAUCGUCCUAUAUUGGGAGGACUUAUCAGGGGAGAGCGAAGAUAUGACUGUGAGCGAAGUACUUUAAGGGGCCAGGCGUGUUUUCUGCGUUACCACAAUCCCGCUCAAACAGUCAUUCCUACUUGAAUUCAUAUUAUACAUUUUCGCCGAUAUUUGAGGAGACUGGGUAGAAUCCACUGAGAGUAGUCCAUGAGUUGAAGUAUAAAUUCUUCGUAUCGACCGGUUGUUUCACUGUUUUUGUGGGAGCAGGUUUUAUUGUUUCUGAAAGGUUCCCUGCAGUCUUCUUGUGGUGACGUACUUGUCAGGACUGGCAUACAGGGCGUCUAAAAAGACACUUGUAUAAUUUCAAACGUUAAAAACUUGAGGUGGGGUUGUGGUCAUGGGCAGAGGACAUUGCGAGACAAAGGACAAGAGUGGCGUUGGACGGACGGAUGAGGUCGCAGUAUUUUACAAAAAUCCCAAAAAUGAGGAAACUGGAUCAAGGUUCAGAAACACAAGUUGGUGGAUGCCUUAGAAGUAGGGAUAGCCUGAACGGCGGCGGCAAGAAAAUAUACACUGAGGAUAACAGAGGAGAAGUCAACGACGAUAAAGACACAGAGGUCAAUCUCCAUGGAAAGGGAGACGGAAUCGGAGGAGAUAUACAGUAGAUGUGCUAACUCAUGAAAUGUCAACCAAAAUUUCGAAAUGCCUUCUCGUUUCGAAAAGAUAAAUUAAGCAGUGUUGUAAAACUAAUCAUGAUGCAGCAUAAAUAUAUAAUGAUCCAGUUACCGCAGGGUGUCGGCUUUUGAAAGAACUUAUUUUCGGCCGCAUGCCAGAUUUAUACUCUGCAAAAAAUGACUACUUAUGUAGCAUGCACUUUUCUCAUUGAUUUUCGAUGCCCUUGAAAAUUCAAUUAUAUUUCAUGGAAAGCACCCAUAAAAAUAUUCAUUCUUUUACUUAUUCGGUAGAAAAUCACGUCUUCUUCCAAUUUCAUACUCAAAAGAAGAGAAUAAUUUGGUUUUUUAAAAACUCUUCUAAUUCCCCAAUAAUUUUGAACCCGACCUGCCAUUAAACUUGCAUUCAGGGUUUCAAAACUACAAGCUGUAUAUUUUCCGUGUACGGAAAACAAUGCAUUUCUUUACGGUGUUAAGAGGAGACCAUAUGAGGUUCAUGAAAUUAAGCAGUGGAUUUGAGCAGUAUUGUUAACUUUACAAGCCACAUUCGUAAAUGCAGAUAGAUGACGUCUCAUGAACGGCCAUUUGACGGUAUUAAAGAAUCUCCCAAUUAGAAACUUUUUUCAAACCGAAUUAUAUUUUCUUUUGAGUAUGAAAUUGGAAGAAGACGUGAUUUUCUACCAAAUAAGUAAAAGAAUGAAUAGUUUUAUGCAUGUUUUGCAUGAAAUAUAAUUGAAUUUUCGAGGGCAUCGAAAAUCAAUGAGAAAAUUGCAUACUAUAUAAGCGGUCAUUUUUUGCAGAGCAUAGUUCUUGCAUGCAGCCGAAAAUAAGUUCUUUCGAAAGCCGACACCCUGAGGUAACUGGAUCAUUAUAGAUUUCUGCUGCAUCAUGAUUAGUUUUACAACACUACUUAAUUUUUCUUUUCGAAACGAGAACGCAUUUCGAAAUUUUGGUUGACAUUUCAUGAGUUAGCACAUCUACUGUAUCUACGGCCUAAAGAAGUAAGCCAGAGUUUGAGCGAUGACAACUGAUUCCUGUUGAAGGAAUGACCUUGGGCUGCCCGCCAAUAUUGACUGAGAGACGUCUGUUAGAUUCUCGCUGACAUAAAAAGUACGACAGGGACGCUGAAGUAGACGGGUUGACUGGUUGCAUUGACCUUUGGACCGAUUCUUUCCACUCGUUGGCUCUGGGGGUAGAUGAAAGAGGAAGUCAAGAUGCUGCAUCGGGUUGCGUCGCCAAAGGUGGUGUAAUAACGGUAGACUCAGUAAGAAUACUCCCCCCGGUGUCGGCCGCAGCUUACUCGUUAAUCCAACGCCACCUUGAAAGUAAGUUCGCCUUGCGUGAGGUGAUCUCCUUAAGCUAUUUCAUCCGACUGUCUGUUGAAUUUCUGUGCGUGGUCUCCCACCUAAAGGGCACAAAGUUUGUUUUCCUUCAAGUGCUCAUAUGCGUUUUAGUUUCGUCGCCCAUUGCACACAGUUCCCUUUUUUUCGACGGAGUUACAAGUCCGGCGGUAAGAAGACCUGUUUCAGGAAAAUAUAAACACAACUAUAAAAGAAUCUUCAUCUAAUUGGUUUUUAGGUGUCGGAACAUGGUAUUACCGACAAAGAAAAGAGGGACUGGAAUGGGCAUUUCUGGCUUAAUAGCCAUCGUCAGCCAGUCACACCCAACCGCGAAGUGUGGAAGACCUGGGGCUCGAUCCCACGACCUGAUGGUUCGAAGUCCAAUGACAACCACUAAACACCCCUCUAUCACUGUACAUACGAGCGUUGGACUUCUAACCAACAGGUCGCGGGGUCGAGCAUCAGGUGUUUCACACCUCUGGGUCGGGUAUGACUGGCUGAUGACGGCUAACAAACCAGAAAUGUCUGUCCCAGUCCCCCUGUCUUUGUCGGUAAUGUCAUUCCGUCUAUAUUACGUGUCCCUAUGCGACUGCUGGUUGGGCUUGAGAGAGAGCCCCAAGGCACAGUAGUGAGAUCGAUGAGCGUCCCUCCAUCAUUUCAAGUUUCGUUCAGCGUAUGUCAGCAACCCUUACAUCUGUUUUCUUUUUUAUGAUUUGAAACGACAAAAAGAUCUUUGGGGCACACUGUUUGGGGAGAGGUAAGCACCAUUUGAGGCAGUCCACAGCCAACUGUCUGGCUUCCAAGAAUAACAAUGCGUUGUGUCAUAUAGGCAGUGUUCCUCCACACAGAAACAGAGCGAGAGGUCACCUUAGCAGGGCUCAUCAGAUCGACAUGGCUCUUCUCUUGCUUGCAUGUAAAUGCACCAACUUGCACGGUGCGUACGCGUACGCCAGAGUGGCCAACCUUAUGAGCUAGUCAGAUGGGGUUGAAAGGUAAUCUCUCCUGUGAAAUUUGUUUGUCAGGCAGGACGUGGAUAAAUGUUGACGCGUCUUCUAUAGCUGGCUGCUUGAAGUGGGACUGAGGUCCUCGCGGUGCUAUUUCGGCAACUGCCCGCACAGUGCUGCGAAAUUUACACAGGGGCCGUCUUCUCAGGCCUGCGCUAUUAGUUUAAGACUCUCAUCGGAUUGGUCAAGCAAAAAACCCCGCAUAAUUCGCUUGCAGUCAGGUAUGCACUCUGUGACCUUGUCAACUGAUGUGGGUACCGCCAUCAGCUGAAGACGACUAAAAAGCUCAAGGUUCACCUCCAGGCACUGACCGCCUGACAUUCACGUCCUGCACUUCUAGUUAGGGUGGUCGCGGCCAGCUCCUUUUCACACACACACACCCCUUGUGCGUAAACGCACAUGAGUUGGCUGCAUGAAGCCAAAGUACGUCUGGAGUAGUGCUGUAUCAGUCUGUUCGCAUCUCUACCAACACCCCCUCUGUGCAUAAAUUCACUUUAUUAUUCUCCUCCGGCAAAAAAGUAUUGUAAUGCUUCACCUGCCUGCUCAAAAACGCCCUUCACUGCGCCCCUGCCAGCGGGGCAAAUCCAAACAGCACACUUGUUUCCAGUAUAAAACAUGCUUCGGAAAGGGUAUGGUAUGCGACCACCUUAGGGAGACCGUAAUUAACUACAAACCUAACGCCAACCAUGGUCAUGCCUUCAGUGGAAAGUCUCUAACCUGUAAGCGUUUAAGGAAAAGUCGGACGUAACCGCAAUCAUAAGCCGAGCCCUAAAACCCUAACCCUAGCCUCCAUCCCAAAUUCAAACCAUAGCCCAAGCCUGGGAAUCCUUUUCCCAAGUAUUACCGCAGUCCACAGUGGCGUUCCGCAGGGGAGCGUUCUGGGUCCAAUCCUGCUCUUAAUAUACGUAAACGACUGCCUGGACUGUCUGAAAUGCGGGCGCGUGAUGUUUGCCGGUGAGCUCAAAUUGUGGAAAUCAAUAGAGAAGCCGGAGGACUCUCUACGGUUACAACAAAAUCGGAAUCGCCUGCGACAAUGGUGUGAUGAGUGGUAUCUUAACCUUAACCUUAACAAAUGCCAACCUAUCCGAUUACGACUGAGCAGCAGGAGGCCGUUGAGAUUUGAAUCUCAGCACUUUUUAGGAGGUCACCAACUCGAAUCAGUCAACGAACUAAGAGACCUCGGUGUGUGAAUGACGUCAACUCUCAAACCCUCGUCUCACUGCGCCAAGGUAUCAAAGAGAGCUAUGGGUAUCCUAGGCGCGAUUAGAAGGUUCUUCCUCACUUUUGACGAAGAACCUUUCGGCCGAGUAUUUGGAGCAUUCGUUCGACCAAUGUUGGAAUAUUGUGUUCAGGCAUGGUGUCCCUGGACGAAACAAGGCUACACCCUGCUGGAGAACGUACAACGAAGAGCAACCAAGCUGGUCAGUGGAUUAAGUUGCUUACCUUAUGGGAGACGCCUGAAAAAGCUAAAAAUAUUUUCUCUCUCUUAUAGACAAUGCAGAGGGGAUGUGAUGAUGGUCUUCAGGAUCAUCAGAGGGCUAGAAUGUGCUCUUCAGUUUGACAAUUUCUUCGAACUGACGACAAAUCUUCGAGAGCACCAAUACAAAUUGAAGACGAAAUAUGCCAAACUUGAAUUGCGGGCCAAAUUUCUCUCUCACCGGCUGGUUGAAGGACGGAACGAAUUGCCGAACUCUGUUGUCUUAGCGGAAAACGUUGAGACCUUCGAAUGAAGACGAGAUGAAUUUGUGCUUGAUGGUCAAAAAUUUACGCGAUAUCAAUGACUGGCAUAACUGUUAUGCAAAUAUCUGCUUGUUUUUUUUUCAUACGUCUAUCUGUAAAUAGGGUUUUUCGAGGCUCUGCCUAUAUCCCUCAUAUAUACUGAAUUAUAUGCAUAUGAGAUGGUGCCGACAGAGAUAAGGGAGACCGGAAUGGUCAUUUCUGGCUUAUUAGCCGUCAUCAGCCAGUCAUAACCAACCCCAAGUGUGGAUCACCGGAGAUUCGAACCCAGGAUCUUUGGUCAUGGAGUUUUAGACUACUAUUUAGCAACUGGCUCGAUGUCCUGUUGGUUGUGAUCGGGAAUAUCAGUUAUGACGGAUGGGCGCUCACCGAUGUGGCUAAUAAACCAGAAAUGGCCAUUCCGGUCUCCAUUGCCGUUGUCGGUACCAUCUCAUUUGCACCUACUACUAGUCGUUGUGCGGCUGCCUGCCAGAGUUCUAGUAUAAUCCCCAAGGCACAACGAAACGAGCACGUUCCGUAACUUCAUCUGUGAGCGCCCAUCUGUCAUAUAUAUGUAUAGUUAAUUUAAGCGAAAAUGCGCGUUACUGUUGCUGUUGAUACACCCAAAGAGACGCAUUUAAACAGUCUUUUUUCGAAGCGUCAUCGCCCCCUAAGUCUGCUAACACUGCCCGGUUUCUCACAGUUUAUCUUUUUCUCCCAUCGCACCAAUUCGUCGUCAAUCCCGGUUUCCCAGAAGUCCAGCCAGGUCGCUCUACCUUUAAAAACUGUGCGCUUGCCACCCACCUGGUUAGCUGGCCCACUUUCUUUCCACUUGGAACCAGCGGUUGGCAUGAACUGACGUAACUCUGAAUAUGGUGUGCGGAGCGAAAACUCCAACACACAGCCGUAUCCUCCAGGAGUCCUUUUCACAUACGUGUAAGUCGGACUGACAGUUGCAUUCACACCCAGUUUGAGGGGAACUUUGUUUACGAGAGCUCUGUAAGGACUUGAGUAGGCUACCCGAGGACACCGACUACAAAGAAGGACAACGAAUAGUGACUGGACUCUAGAGAACAAACGUGAUAAUGGUGUGUCCCCGGAAAAGGCUUUAGUAAGUCCUAGUGCAAUGUGGAAAAGAAGAAUAUGCUACUGCCGAUGUUGAAGAUGGUGAGGAUGGCGACGAUGAUUAUUAUCAUUAUUGUUAUUAACGAAAAAGAAGAAGAAGAGGGGAAAUGAGAAGGGGGAGGAAGUGCAGGAGGGAGAGGAAAAGGAGGAGGAGGAGGAGGAGGAGGAGGAGGAGGAGGAGGAGGAGGAGGGAAGCAUAGAAUCGCUUAGUGCAGUCGUCGUUUUAUUUCUUCGGUACUUCAAACGCCUGCAAAAGCUCAUCCGCGGAGACAAUCGGGGCUAG